UUCGAAGCUGAGAAUACGAAGGAGUGUGAUAUUAUAAUAAGAAAGAGUAAAACUAGGUAAUAUAAAAGGUCAUACGCGUAAAUGGCUGCAAAAUCGAGAAUGCGAAAAUGCCGAUCUGCGCUCUCGAAUCUUGGCUGCUCCUUUGACUGAGCACUUCGCGAGAGCCCGGCACGAGAUCAUCUGAAAGGCAUUUUAGCUGGUCUAUUCUAGAAAAUGCUAGCUACUUCAAUAGCAGCCUACGAGCAGCAAUCGAAAAUGUCUGAAUGCACAGCUGAGCCAAAGACUAUGGCUAUGGAGAUUCCACGGACGAGUUCACCCAUAAAUAUGUCGGUGUCGCCAUACUCUCCGAGGUCUUUCGGUGUCUACGGACAGUCUAUCAAUUCAGUGAUCCAGACCAGCGAACUUAGCUGCGAGCUAAGCGAACAGAGUUUGUCUAUGUCCGUAGAAAGCGAUUACUUGCCAAAGUUGGAGGAGGACUACUGCAGGAACUUCACCUGUUGCGGUGUCUACCUUGAGAACCUCCAUCAAUUGCAAAAUCACUACGAGACUGAACACAGUGACCUCAAGAGUAGCGCUAGUAGCAGAAGUAGCAGAUCGGUAGACACGACUGUCAGCACUGCUGCUACUUCUAUACAUAGUGAUAUACAACAGCAAAAAAUUAGACUCGCACAGCAGCAAAGUUCGAGUAUGCCUGGCACCCCGAUGAUCGAUAUGGAUGUCGAUAGUGCACCAUUUAAGGCUAUUCCGCGGAGUUUUAGCGCUGGUACAAGCUGUGUACAGCCAAAUAUGCUGCAUAAUGCGGCCAUGAGGCAACAGCAACAGCUUCAACAUAGCAGGACUAUACCUGUUAGUAUGUCAACACCAUUGACUGGUUUACAUACGCAGUACCAGCAACAACAGCAACGCAAACAGCCAAUUGCGCCUUUACAGCCUCAGCCGCCACGCUCUACCGCCUCAACGUAUACAGCUAUGGCAACCGGCUUAUCUAGCCACGUCACUAGCCAAGAAAAUGCGAAUAUACCCGCUAAUCCGUCAUCCGCCGCUGCACCUUUCGCGAAGGAUGAAAAGGACAGAGACAAGCCAUUCAAAUGUCCAGUUCCUGGCUGCAACAAAGCGUACAAGCAGCAAAACGGAUUAAAGUACCACAGAAUGAAGGGACAAUGUUCCUUCAAACAACAAGAACAAGAAGAGCAAAUACAAUUCUAAAUUCC